UAGGAGAGAGGAAGCAACAGGCUGGAAGAUUUUGAGUUUUCCCUUUUACAGGCAAGAAGAAUGUUGUGAGUUGCCUGAAUAUUACAGCAACUAGAUGCAUUACUUUAAAUCUCCAGGUUCAUCCUCCCCCAUAUAUAAAGUCUGACCUCAGCUUCUACACUUAGAACACAAUCCACUGGUUCUUUGUCCUUCCCCAAAGCAUGCUGUCCUGAAGAUCAAAUUUCUCCUUUUAGUGCUACAGCAUGAGAAGGGCAUUGAUAAUAAUAAAGAUCCUCUUCUAUGCAUGGCUAAUCAUAUGGGAAUGGCAAAAGACCUCUAAUAUAAAUUGGCCUGAUAGAGAACAUGUUCACUAAGGGCCUAAUCUGGAGUCAAUUGAAAGACUCCAGUUGACUUCAGUUGGCUUUGGAUAGACCUAUGGGCCUGAGCUGUAAUACCAGAGGGCUGUGGAGAUAGAGGAAGAAACCACAAGGGUCUGUUCAGGUCCAUGGUCCAUGUCACUAUUCUGAUGGCAGUGAUGGUUAGAGCAAAACAUAGGCUCCAAUCCUGCCAUCACUACCAUGCACGUUGCUUCCCACAGUCAGUAGUGAGACGACAGGAGUAUUCCCAGCAUUAUGCCCGGUAGUCCAUGCUAACAGGAUCAAGCCCUUGACUGGUAAAUAAUAAAAAUGUUGACUCCAAAUUACAUAGUAGUUUUUCUGCUGAAACCAAUUUCGACUCCCCUCUUACAAACACAUGCACGUGCAUUGCCUCCAAGGGUACUUGGACUAGUCCCAAAUACAUGAUUGUCCAUCUGCCUAUGUCCCAACCAUGGGAGGAAUAAAUGGAAAAGGUGUGACUUGGACUGUACGCCCAUGCAAGUCCGUACGAAUCCAGGUCCGCGUGCCUGCUUACCCCUUUGCUGGAGCAUGUGGGGAGGGAGGGUCAUAGUUCAUCCCUCUGCUUACGGAGACAGUGUGGGGAGCGUCAUGAUUUGCUGCUAGUAAAGACGUGCAGGAAAUUACUGUCUUCUCUGAGUGAAAGAAGCAGGGGGUGGAUCCUGCUAUUCUUUUUACCACCCAGAGAGCUUGUAUUUAAUAACAACCAAUAUAUUUUCAUCUAAAUGUUACCUGGCACCGCUGUGAGAACCUGCUCUAAACUACAGCCAGCCAGGCUCUUCUGCCCCCUACAGUCCAGAAUCCCGCCUUGCAAAAUGAAGGAGGAUCUUUGCUGGCUGCAGUCCAUAGCCUCCACAGCACUGACCGUUACCCCACAGCGGAAGGGAGCUGAGACACCAGAGCUGUGUGUGUGAGUCCAGAGCUGUAACUACCCAUUUUAGCGCCCAGGCUAUUUUCUACACUGCUGCAAUCCUUGGGCCCGCAGCAGGUUAUCUGGUAGGAGGAAUGUUUCUAAAUAUUUAUACUGAAAUAGGCAAACAAAUUGAUCUAACCCCAGAUAAUACUCUCUGGGUUGGGGCCUGGUGGAUAGGAUUCCUGGGUGCUGGAGCUGCUGCCCUUCUCACUGCCAUUCCCAUUCUGGGUUACCCUCGCCGGCUGCCAGGAUCCCAGCGUUACAUCAUCAUGAGAGUCUCUGAGGCUCAUCAGCUGAAAGAUGGGAGCCAAGAGACGGCAUCGGAUCCCGACUUUGGGAAAACAGUUAAAGAUCUUCCACGAUCAUUAUUGCUGCUUCUGAAGAACCCGACCUUCAUCUUCCUCUGUUUAGCUGGAGCAACUGAAGCCACACUCAUUGCGGGAAUGUCUACUUUUGGACCCAAGUUCCUCGAGUCACAGUAUAGUUUAAGUGCCUCUGAAGCUGCUACCUUGUUUGGUUAUCUUGUUGUGCCAGCGGGGGGAGGAGGCACAUUCCUGGGAGGAUUCAUCGUGAAUAAGUUUAAGCUUCGUUGUUCAGGAAUCAUCAAGUUGUGUUUAUUUUGCACAGUGACAAGUCUACUGGCUGUUUUCAUAUUUUUCAUUCAUUGCCCUAACAUGCCUAUGGCGGGAGUAACGCAGAUGUAUGACCGAAGCAUCUUACUGGAAAGCAGCCUAAACCUGACUGCAGCGUGCAAUACCGAAUGUGACUGUCUAAGGGAGAUCUACAGUCCAGUCUGUGGAAGCGAUGACAUCAUGUAUUACUCUGCCUGCCACGCAGGGUGCACAAAAAAAUCAAUCCUCGAUAGUGGCAAGAAGGUUUACCAUGAGUGUAGCUGUAUCCUGGAGAAUGAUCCCACUGGUUCUGCCCAAGCGAUAGCAGGGAAAUGCACUUCCUCCUGUGAGAGAAGGACUGUUCUUCUGGUUUUCAUGUUUUUUGUGAUUUUCUUUACAUUCCUAUGCAGUAUUCCGGCGCUGACCGCAACUCUACGGUGUGUCUCCGACAGACAGAGGUCGUUUGCACUAGGAAUCCAGUGGAUUGUAGUAAGAACUCUAGGAGGCAUUCCCGGUCCUAUUGCCUUCGGCUCAAUGAUUGAUCUAUCAUGUCUGGUGUGGCAGGACCAGUGUGGAGAACAAGGUUCUUGCUACGUUUACCAGAACUCCGCCAUGAGCCGAUACACUCUGGUCGCUGGAAUUGUCUACAAGGUAGUUGGAACAGUCUUCUUCCUGCUGGCCUGUUUCCUUUACAAACCGCCUCCCCCAGAAUCCCUACCAGGGAGCUCAGAUGCAUCGGAAAACGGGAACUGUGUCCUCCAGGAGAACACAUCUCUCCAGACCCAAGCUGCUGACUAGCACUGUAAAUACUGCAAGGGACUUUCUCUCAGCCUCAUAAAUACCAUGUCAAGAUAUUGUUCUAGUCCUGUUUUUAUGAUUACUAUUAUUAUUACUAUUGCUUUAAACUUUGUUUUUCUAUUUAAAGAAGGAUAUUUGAAGUAAGUUCUGGUCUGGCGUAACAUUUUCUGAAUGGCAGAAGCACAUGAGAGGAUAUGUACAUUGAUGCCAUAUGAGGAUCUGUGCAUUGGUGCUUGACAUUGUUAUUUUACUCACUGGUAGCUUUAUAGCUAGGGUGACCAGAUGUCCCGAUUUUAUAGGGACAGUCCCGAUUUUUGGAUCUUUUUCUUAUAUAGGCUCCUAUUACCUCCCACCCCCUGUCGCAGUGUUUCACAUUUGCUGUCUGGUCACCCUAUUUAUAGCACUUCUGUAACAAACCUGAACCACAUUAAAGAAGCCAGGGUACCACUGUGGGACCAGAUUCUCAGCUGGUGUAAACUGGCACCAUUCACUUCUGCUGAGAAUCUGGCCUGUAACACAUACAUCAUAGAGCCGUCAGUUGCAAAGCACGUGUGUUCAGGCUUUUUAGGUCUGAUCAACGGCCUAUCCUCGUGUUGACAGUCUGCUACCAUAUGCAAAGCAAGGAAAAAACAAAGAACAGUGGUUUUUGUGUUGCUGUAGCACAUACAGCAUUGCGCGUAAUGCACGCUGUAUCCUCUCUCUGCUCAGUUCAGUUAUAGACAUUUAACUGCGAUAGUUCAUAUUACUGUGCAAUGGAAGACAUGUUUGAGAACACAGAUUCCCUGGGAAGUUCAUCAGUCGAUCACAUACAACACACUGUUGAAACUUGAACGCCACUGGCUAUUUUGAACUCACUACCCAAGCCUUUUUCUGUCACUACCUCUGGUUUCCUAAUUCCAGUCCCAGGAUUUGCAGUAUAGUUACAAUCUGCUUUUCUUCCAUUGUUUUAAGAUGGACACAUUUUGUAAUGUCCUGUAAAGGCAGUUGGAUUAUUUGUUGUCCUUGAGCUAUUGUGCUGCUUGACACAGAAACACAUAAGAUAUGGAUCUAUGCAGUGUAUUGUUUGUUCUGCUUUGUAAAGACAUUGUACGCAGAAAAAUCAGAACUAAUUUAAUUUUUCUUAGACUGCUAGUUUAAAGAGAACCUAACAUAGCGACAGACUUUAUUGUAUGAAGCUAAUGAAAAGAUCACCCAGAUUCUCAGCUGGUGUAAACAGACACAGCUCUGUUGAUUUCAGUGGAGCUAUGCUGAUUCAGGGCUGCCCAGAGGAUUCAGGAGGCCUGGGGCAAAGCAAU